AUGAUGAUUGAAGAGUCACCACUGAUGGCCAUGAUAACUCUACCAAUAAUAUUUUUUCUAGCAUUCUAUGGAAUCUCCAAUCUUUCAUUGCUCAUCGUGUACCUCAUACUUCGGUUCUGCAGUGGUGGAAGGCACGUUGAUGAUCUUGAAGCGCAAUUAACAAAUCUACGGCCGUCAAUUCUUUAUCAUCGAGCUCCUUAUUCAAAUUACCAUGCCAGAUAUAUUGCAGUGGUGGCUGAGGAAACGCCGCCACCGCAGGAAUCAACAGUCUUCACGUAUAGAACUGAUCAAAGCUUCUCUACUACUACUGCUGAUGAGUGUGUAAUUUGCUUGGACGAGUUUAUGGAGGGUCAAAAGUGCAGGUUGCUUGCUAACUGUAACCAUUCGUUUCACAAGCCAUGCAUUGAUGAAUGGUUAAGCACCUGGAAAAGCUGCUGUCCCCUUUGCCGUGCUUCUGUUCAAAAUAUAUCUUAG